GAGGUAAUAAGUUCUCUUUAUUUUUAUUCAUAGUUAAUUCGUUCAGUCAAGGUGAUUUUACGCCAGGAUGCAGACUCCCAACACGACGGGCGAUUGCAUUGCCUGCGCCACGCAUAUGCAUGGUGCCUACUCUGCAGAUCAGCUGCUGAGACACAGAGCCAUGAGCCACUCCAGACACAUGGGCAAGAUAAAAAAGCGGCUGGAGGACAUCAAGAACCAGUCCCUGAAGUCGACGAAAGCAGAUUUCAGCCACAACGAAAGCAUCAGAUUGGCCACGGACGCUUUCCUGGAUGGUGGGACAGACUCGUAUCUCCAGACUUUAAGCAAAGAGGGAGAGGUGGAUUUCCUCUCCUCGGUGGAAGCUCAGUACAUCAAGGAAAACGCCCGGGAGUCCUAUUACGCGCAGGAAUCCCCCACGGACGGGGCGGCCGCGCAAAGGCAGAACGAUGGCGGCUCCCUGCCUUCGGGGACGUACUUCCCCACCAUCUCUGACAGCAGUGAGCCCGCUCUCCUGCACACAUGGAUUACAGCGGACAAGCCCUAUUUAAAGGAAAAGUCCACGGCCACCGUGUACUUCCAGACAGAGAAGAACAGCAACAUCAGAGACAUCAUUCGCCGCUACAUCAACAAGACCACGCAGGUGCUGGCUAUCGUGAUGGAUGUAUUCACAGACACUGAGAUCCUUUGUGACCUCCUGGAGGCAGCCAACAAGCGCAUGGUGUUUGUCUACCUGCUGCUGGACCAUGGCAAUAUCAACCUCUUCUCAGAGAUGUGCGACAAGCUGCAGAUUGCUGAGGAGCUCUUCAAGAAUAUCUCAGUCCGCAGUGUGACUGGAGAGGUGUACUGUGCCAAAUCAGGCAGGAAAUUUUCUGGACAAAUACAAGAAAAAUUUCUUAUCUCUGACUGGAGAUACGUUCUCUCUGGAUCCUACAGCUUCACAUGGUUAUGUGGCCAGGUUCACCGCAACCUCCUCUCCAAGUUCACCGGUCAAGUUGUGGAGCUAUUCGACGAGGAGUUCCGCCACCUAUACGCGCUGUCCAAGCCCGUGAGGGGGCCGAAGUCUCCACCACGCACCAUGCCCUUCCUUUUCAGCCACAGCUGGGCCCUGCCGCGCAGCCUCCCCGACAGCGAUGAGGGAAGUGCUAACACUCUUUCAGACCCCUUGAGCAGCCUCUCAACUGGAAGCAACCAUCAGACCAAGCAAACCCCAAGAACUCUCAUAUUCAGCAGCAAUUUCACUCCCCAGUCACCUCUCCAUCGAGUUAAUUCCUUCCACAGCUUUGUCUCAUUCACGCCCCCCCCAGCACAGCAGACCAUCCAGGCUAACUUCUAUCAGCCGCAUUACGUGGCCGAUAGCUCCGCCGCUCUUUAUAACAACAUGAACAUUUACCGACCUGUAAGAGUUAGACAAGAGGAACCAAACAGGACAGGCUUAACCUCACCCUGGAGAUGCCUCCACAAAGGUAACCUGUUUGCAUAAUUACCACCUUGCUUUGAGUUCCAAGUAAACGUAGUGAGGACCUGUUUAGCAAUCACUUGUACACUGACGAACACAGAAAUUCUGCAUAAUACAAAAUCAGGAUGAUUUCAGGUCUCUUGUUCUGUUUUGGUGCUUAUGGAUGCUCCGAUUCCCUAAUUAAAAAGCCACCUGCUAUCGUGUAAAUGUUGGCUGCAUCACAAUCUCAGCAAGAACAAACCUAACAAUGCUGCUCUCAGUGCAACAUUGCUGCUGCCAAGCACCUGCCCGUGGUACCAUUUUUGUGUAUCAAGAGAUUGAGGUGGUUUUCAUGUGGCCAGGCACCUGAAAGCAGGCUAAGUCAGUUUCUUACUCUGCACUUUAUGCACUUGCGUAAGGAGCUAAUUCAGGAGGGCGAAGGCUGCUAUUUACGUGCCAGACCGACGUGCUGCUAGGAACAGCAGUCUACCUUCACUCCCUCAGCACAGCUUUGUCUUGAAGUAGGACGACUCCUUUAGGGCUGACAGGGAAGCACAGUUCCCACCUUCACGCUGUCUGUGAUGCUGCUUGAGGUGUGCAGCAAGGAUGUGUGUUUGCAGGGUUUCUUUGAACAGGCCUGCUGGCCGUGAAAUGGACCGAGACCAACAGCUCGGGGCACAGAGGACAUCCCGCAGCCACCCUACGCUCAGUUUCACUCAUUAGCAACGUGGGUGCGUUCCAGCACGCUUUGUUCAGAACCUCCAGUCCCACCAGCUCAGAGCAAUUUUCCUCACUGCAGAGCAGCUGUGUAGAUUCAGACUGGAAAAUGAAGCCAAGGAAGGAAGCAAAGUCCUGCUAGCAGCACAUCUUUCCAGUACUGAGUUCCAAUUCCUUUAAAAGUACGCAGAUCUUGGAAAUCCUCUCAGUGGUCGUUUGACAGGACAUAAAGUUAGAGGUAGUGGUGCUGCAAUGGAGUGCCUGUAGUUCCCCUUGAAUAGACGGGCAUUGCAGGAGUUCAGCAGCGUCAAGCAGAAUGCCUGCAAAGCUGAGAAGUGUUUUGUCAGAUAACCUGUGAGAAUGAAGGAAGCUUCUGUAAGCAAAAGGCAAAAAAUAGUGAGAAAAUUCAUGAGAUAGAAGGGAUUUCCAUCCAUGUCCCAAAGUCACUCGACACCUACCAUUUACUGAUGUAUCGGUACUUUCUUGUUCUUUAAAUCUGCUUUACUCCAUCUUUCAUCUGACUCCAACAAAAACCAGAAACCCAAAUACAUUUGCUCAUCUGUCCCUCCUCGCUGACUUGCUCCCUAUUCAGUAAGCCCAAGGAAUCAAACUGUAUUCUUUUUCUGUGGGUUAUGAAAAUUGCAUGUAGCAGCAAAAUUUCGAGUGAGGAGUUUCUCACCCUUGGAAGAGAUACAGCUUUAAAAAUACACCGGUAACAUUUACAGAACGUUGUAAAAGGUAAAAGACAGAUGCAUGCUGCACGAGCAGCGUGAACAUUUUUACCCGUGGUAUCAAAAUUUGGAGACCAAAAGAACACUAAGCUCUUGCAUAUCAUUGUAAAUGUCUGUACAUAACAUUUUUUUGAUUCCUUGGGAAGAAGGGAAGUUUUCAUUCCUAUGAGAAUUCUACUGAAUUGUCUAAACAUGACAACCAAAUAUGGUAAAUAAAAGAGAAGACUUUCAUUACAAUCCCUUUGAGAAUCAUUUUGUUGCUUCCUCUUCUCUUCACUCGUGCACCUCACCAUCUUUGUUCCAAAAAUCAUUGCCAUGAAGUCAGAGCACAACUGACAGGGAAUUUUGUUUCUUCUGAAACCGACAGGAGCAGGACGAAGUGUGCGUCCCUCCUGCCUAAUUGUGAUUUUUCCUCUAAAUUUGGGUCAGUCCCUCGAUCCUGUUGGGGCCCAGCUGUGGGUGGCACGGAGCGGGGUGUGGGCUCACCGCCCUCUCACUCUGAAGCCUUCAUUUCUUGCAGUCAUGACCCAUGAAAUGCAGACAGGAGCCCUUCUCAUCACUGCGCCCAGACGGUUUGCCUGCAGAGGCCUCAGAACGCAGCUAAUGAGAAGUAGGUAACAAGCUGAUAGCACCCGAGGAGCACUGUGAGUUAAGAACUAAUCUCAGCUCCGAAUCAAGGAUACAGCUUGUGUCAAUUUAGACGACAGCUGAACCCGAAUGUCAAAUGAAUGGAAUUUCAGUUCUGAUGGAAAACAAUCCAGAGUUUACCAUUUCAGCGAGGAGUUAUGCCAAAAAUGCCCGCAGGCUCCCACAGGCUUCAUUGCUCAGUGGCGAAGGGAACGUGAGGCGACAGGCAGCUGCAGAAAGUACCUGCUGGGAAGGCUGGGGCUGGAUGCUGACAUCCCUCGUCAGCCUGCUGCGCAGGAAGGGCUUGUACGAACACCGCCACUGCACGCUGAGAGAGCGGAGAGAACUUUGCUAGUUCCAGCAGUAACACGUUCCUUCACCUCACAAGCAGAGAGCAGGUGUCAAAUGCUCAACGGCAAAACAUCUCACGAGCCUGUGCUUGCACACACUGAUCCUUCCAGAGGCAUCAGAGCCGGGCUCAGAGGGUCCUGCCCAAAGCGCCCGUACCACGAGCGAGCGUCAGAAUGACAAAGCCCAGCCCUGCUAACAGUUAACAGAUUCUCACUCGCAGUUGGCAACACUAAAUUUGCUAUGUAGCUCGGCGUGGAGUACCAGUGCAGGUAUUAAUACCAAUGAUAAUAAUACCAAAGCAUGAAGGAAGCUGUUGCAGGCAGAUGUAGAAUUACACAGACACAAGACAGAAGAGUAAAGCCCCUCUGAGGUCAGCAGCAGAAAGCUGAGGUUGGAGGUGGCAUGCCGAAAGUGAGGAGCAGGCCAAAAAAGGAGGAAGUAGCCGAGAUGAGAGAUAGCCAGCAUAAAUGGGACCAAGGAAUGUUCCAUAGCCCAGCGCAUAAACACUGCUUACUUGAAACAGUAACUAUGCAACGCAUUCAGAGCAAUAUUCAUGUUGUUUUCUUUGCAGUAGUCGGAAACACUUUUGCUUUAUUGCUGUGUUAGAGAGAGCAGUGCCUGUUCUUAAGGAGCGCUGCUUGCAUCCGCCCUGCCAGGAGCUGGGGAGUUAACUGCUGUGCUGCCAGUGCGAGACAGCCCCACGUCCACCGCCCACACGCACCCAAGUCUCCAAAUGGCAGCGGCCGUAACACUGUGUGCUUUGCACAGCCCAGUCACGAAAUGACAACAUUUAGCAAGCAUUUCACGUGCUGCCAUUUCCACCUUCUAAACAGUGGAGCCAAAUCAUUUGGCGAGUUCCCACGAAAUAUCUCCACAAACCUGGGCCCACAAAAGCUGCGUUCCAACGUCCUAACUACAGAACUUACUUGAGAGCUGUGGGAAAGCAGGUUAUAUCAUUUGUUUGGGGCUGCUCAUGAUCAUAAGUUUAAGAAGGAACUGGGACUGUUCCAGUAACUCAACUUCUUUUGCUGACACAUUAGGCAUUAAGCUUUCCAUGUUUGCCGUGUCUGUGUUGCAAGACAUUCUAUUGUUGAUGGCAACAUCGUAAUUACUUUACAGCUCAUUACGGACAGUCGCUACUGAAAACACGCAGGCGGGCUGCUCGAUGGCAGCCCUUAGCCCUGUGUGCAUCCCAGCCUGCCAGGUGGGCCUCUGCCGUCCCAGCACUGCUCCUCUCACACACAUACACAAAAAUUUCCACCUAGCAAACACACGCAUGACUAAAAUGAAUAUUCGUAACACAUAAUGAAUUAAUGCUUACCCACGUAUCCUUGCCAAGCCAUCACCUUUCAUAACAAGCUGGCCAGGAUGUGGUUUAAUCGCAUUAAGUCACCAAACUAUCAAAGAUAAUUUGAGAUGGCUGAAGGCGAUAUUCCUUUUUGCUGGAGAGAUUUCACAGCCAGCUUAGCAGGAGGACAUACUAUACCAAGUGUUAGCAACAGAUUUCCUAAUAAGCAUCUUAAAGCUUUAAAAUCCAUCUCAAAGUUGCAGCUGCAUCUGAAGGUUUGUUCAUGUACAGUGAACAACGUUUCCAUUGUGAAUUAUGGAAAGUUUCAGCACUCGUAGUACUGCAGAAAGAAACCCAAAGAGAACGUGAGGAAAAGCCACGUGAAGAGGAGUCAAUUACGCCUGAGAGAUUCCUACUUUUACACUAUGAACUAUAUUUUUACAAAAACCCAGUGAGAAUUUAAGCAUCACAGUUUAACAGGAUCAAAUGGGGCAAGAGCACACUUUUGCAUCAGAUGUAAGUUGUUUCACACAAAAGGAAGAAGCCAUUUGCUGCCUUCUGCAAGCCCAAAGCACGUAACGUCAGCGCUUCGGAACAGAAAGCAAAGCAGUGUCAGUGUGAACACAAAGCACAGGGAAGGAUCUGUACGAUGCAGGAACAACGCUGCCAUUUCCACAGCAGAGGUUUUCCCUUCCUUGCAGGGUUUUACAAAGGACGUGCUCUGACUGAACACUCUUCGCUCCAUAUAAACAACCCUGACAGUUUUGGCUCUCCCUGCGUAAGCACACUGAGGACCAGGCUACAGAGAGUUCUACGCCUGCAAAAACAUUUAGCCUAGAGGAAAUCUCCUUCCAGUUCUAAGUUAAACAUUUACUGUUUAGAUAUUUUCCCCAAAACAUGGAAUUAUUCUUAUUGACAACUUCACAGCAUAAAUGUAUUGAAGAUCCAGCCAUCCAGCUCUGAAAAGUAAACCACUGUCAUGUCAAUUAAUCAAGAAAUAUUACAAAUUUUAAUUAAGAAAAUGGCUAAUUCGACGGCUCCAAGUGCAACUACACAGAAUUUGAAACCAAGACAUUUUCAGGCUGGACAUCGGGAAGGAAGAGCUGCAUUCCAGCAGCAUCACAGGCCCCCAAAAU